AUGAUUGUAAUUAUCUGGAUAAUCUGCACGUUAAUUAUUUCAUGCAAAUCUAAAUAUGUUAAUAAAGUUAUUGAAUUUAAUGAAUCAAAUCUUGAAGCUUUUAUUACGGAAUUUAGUUGUGGUAUUGGUGUUUGCAACGUAAAGAUUAGAACAAGACGAAUUGCAAAUUAUGCAUCAAUAACCUCAUCUAACCCCAGUUUACCACCAAUUGUCCAUACAGAUAAAUUAGGGAGUUUAGAUCUUGUUGUAUUUAUAGAUCAUGACUGGAGAGCUAGUACUUCUUACUGUAGCAAUAUCGUAAAUGCAAAAAUUAAUAAAAAGUUCUUGAUAACUCCUCAAUGGAGUGAAUGGAUUACUAUUCAAGUUGAACAAGUUAUCUCACCCCAUACAUGGUUCUUCACUAUGGUUGACUGUAGUAAGAAGAAUAUUGAAAUUAUUAAGAAUUCAAAACUAGGUACAAGCCCUGAAUAUAUAAAAAAACCAACAAUAAGUAGAUCUAGGCAAAACCAAGCUAAUUUUCUAUAUAUCCAAAUAGAAGGAUUUUUUUAUCAACCUAAUGGAUCGCAUCUUCCAUAUGAACUAGUCAGUUUACCUUGGCUCUUAAUCUUCGAAAUUCUGUGUUAUAUUGGCAUAUUUAUGGCUUUAUUUAUUAAAACUAUUGCAUUAGAUAAAUCAGCCAAAAUAUAUCAUCCAUUAAUCCCUUGGAUAACUGCUACACUAGCAAUAAAUGCUAUAGCUUGCAUUAUAGAAAGUUUAUAUAUAUUUAAAUUCAAAGAGAAUGGAAUAAGUAAUAGUAACAUUUUACUAGCUUCACAGAUUCUGAAUUUAAUUUGCAAUAUUGGGAUAUAUUAUUUAUUAAUAGCUAUUAUAAGUGGUUACUCACUUUUAGUAUAUAGGGAAAAGGAUAAGUAUUACAAACCAUCUAUCAAACUUAUAAGCUUUAUAUUUUUCAUAUAUAUUCUGCAGUUUAUUUUUCUAAAUAUUAAUAAAUUCAGAAAUUUUACAUGUAACACGUAUACUAUUUUGUCAUACCUCAUAAAUACAGAUGAUACAUGCAAUUAUGCAUGUAAAAUUAUUUCGUUACUUAAAAUUAUUCAUGCAGUAAUUUUUGAAUACAUAUGGAAAAAAAAUGAGAAAUUAUUUAUUACAAACAAUUUGAGUAAAAUUUUGGACAAAUUGAGAAUUAUUGGACAUCUGUAUAUAUUAGCAUACCCAAGUUCUUAUAUAAUAUCAAUAAUUUGGAUAAAAUACCAUAAGAGAGAAAUUGUAACUAAUCUAGUUAUAUUCAUAAUCCAAAUAAUAACAUAUUUAAGCCUUAUAUAUAUUUUUUCAUCUAGAAAAUCUUCAUAUUUUAAGCAUUCAUAUCUCUCAUGUUCAAUAAUUCCUACUAGAGAAGAUCUUUUAAUUCAUGCAAAUCUAGCCAAACAAAUACUAACAAGAAGUAGCUCAGAAUUUGAUUAG